GGAAUUGUCCCCCUCCGUGUGCCUGUCUGUGCGUGAGGUGUGAUAAGCAGGCCCCAAUUUUGAGUUCAUGAAGGGGUGGAGUAUGUUGUUAAGUAACUUAAUUGAAGUCGGCACCAAAUGAUUAUUUUUUAGAAAUUUUAUAAAACCUAACUCGGCAAGUGUCUCUGGAGAUAUUCCACUAGUUCUUCAGCUGAUGUUCCAUGGUAGCACUUAAAUCCUAAACAACAGAGUCAGCCUGACUGCGUUGUCCAUACAGAGACGUGAUAAAUGUAACCAGAUCACAAAUAGUAUUGCAUAGCUAAAAGUCUUCUAAAUCCAAUUAGAACUGUUAAGUAAGGAUUGUUUUGUUUUUAAUCUAUUAUCCUUGAAUCGCUUGGCUUACAUGUUUCUCACUGAAUGUACAAACCAUUAGCUUAAAAGGGUUUGGAAUUGCGAUAGCUGCAAGCUGGAGGCAAACCCUUAUUAAGUGGUUUUAUUAUAGACUGUUUGCUUCACCCGCAAAAAAGGAGGUGGCUGUUGUAAACACCCUGUAGGACAAGUUGGUGUCAUGCUGUUUUGUAGCAUGUGACAGUAGGGCUCCUAGGACUCUGUCCUAUCCUGUUUCAGGUCUAGCAGUUCCGUACUUCCAGCAAAUAUUGUCUUCUUUUUAUUUCAUUCUUAACUUACAGGUGGAAAUCAAACUAAACCAAAUACAGGUUCUGAACAGGAAACAAAUUUCUUACAAAAAGUAAAGUAAUGUUCUUGAAAAGAAGAGAAAAUAUGGCUUAUACAGUGGAUGAACCUUAAACUCCUGGACCAAAAACUGAGGUUUUUUUCAUGAAGGAUGGCAACACCAUAUGUUCCUGUUCCUAUUCCAAUUGGAAGUUCAUCAUCCAGCUUUACAAACAGAAACCAAAGAAGUUCUUCUUUUGGGAGCAUCUCAACAAGUUCCAGUUCCUCAAAAGGACAGCUGGAGGACUCCACAAUUGGUAGUUUUAAAAAGAUGAGCGUGCCUGACCAGAUUGGUUCUACAUCAUCUGUGUGUAGUAGUCCACUUGUUAGGACUAAGUUUACAGGUAUGGAUACAUCCAUAGAAUACUGUACACAGCCCAUAGAAGAAAUAGAGCAGAAUACAGAUUCCAGGAGCUGGGAAGAUCGACCGUCCACGCCUACUAUACUGGGUUAUGAGGUGAUGGAGGAAAGGGCGAAAUUCACUGUAUACAAAAUACUGGUAAAAAGAAGUCCAGAGGAAAGUUGGGUGGUUUUCAGACGGUACACCGACUUCUCCAGGCUUAAUGACAAGCUAAAAGAUAUGUUUCCGGGCUUUCGGUUGGCCCUUCCACCAAAGCGCUGGUUCAAGGAUAAUUAUAAUCCUGACUUCUUGGAAGAUCGACAGUUGGGACUACAAGCAUUCCUCCAGAACCUAGUAGCUCACAAAGAUAUUGCUAACUGCCUUGCAGUGAGGGAAUUUCUUUGUCUGGAUGAUCCUCCGGGUCCUUUUGACAGUCUAGAAGAAAGCAGGGCUUUCUGUGAAACUCUGGAGGAAACAAAUUACCGUCUACAAAAAGAACUGCUUGAAAAACAAAGGGAGGUUGAAUCACUGAAGAAAUUGUUAAGUGAAAAGCAACUUCAUAUAGAUGCUAUUGAAAGAAGAAUUAGGGAUUUAUCUUUAGGAAAAAUGACUCGUCAAAUGUCAGGAGAAGAAAGUGAGUGCAGUGGUGAGGUGGAGUCUUCUGCAGUAGAAGCAGACCAGGGUACCCUGGGUGAGGACAGCUGCUCAGAUAAGGAGAACCAUGAGGCAUGCUGGAGUGGCUCUUUGGCUGAAAAUUCUGUACCAGAAAUUGAAGUCGCUGAAGUAGCGUAUACGGCUGAUGAAGAAUAGAUCGGUAGCAGCUGCUAUUACCUGGGAAAGGUUCACGUUUGGGACAUACUCUGUGGGUAGGGGCAUAGAGUAGCUGUGAAGAAUUUACAGCAAAGAGCAAGAAUGCACAUAUUGAAUGUUUACAUAAAUCCUUACAAAUUAUUAACGUAAGAAAUAUAGCCAGUGCUGCUUUGAUUUCAGUUUUUAUCUAGCCUUUAUAUAUUUAAUAUAUUAAAGUUUAAUAAGGGCUAAAAUCAGCUGAAGUUUAGAUAGUGUACAUACACAAUUUGGCUGACUUUCCUAGCAGAGUGACGAAAGCUUCACAUUAAAUCACCAAACACAUUUAACUAGCGUGUCAUAUGUUGCCACUGAUGUGACACAUUUGAAGUGUUCAUCUGUUUGGUAUUUGUGUUUUCAUAUUCUUAUAGCCAUAAGUUAAUGCUUGUUGAAGUAAAAAUGGACUCUUCUUACGUUUCCUGAGAGUGUAGAAUGUGUUGUUUUUAAAUUAUAAAGCUGAAGAAUAUUUCUCUGGAAAUUUUAAUGCAAUGCAAUAGGAAAACUUAGAGUACCAAGAGAAAAGUACUUACGCAAUGGGAUUGUAGUUGGACAUUUUAAAAAAAAAAAAAAAAUGGUCAUUUUUGCUGAAGGAACUAAUAUGAGACCCCCAAAACACUGUGUAUUUUCAUCCCAAGAUAGCAUGCUGUAAUACUUUUUGUUCGGUAAUGCUGCUUUUAAAAUCUGGGAUACCUUUGCUAUAUACCCAUGUAACAAUAAAAAUCGGUGAGUUUGCCUUUUACUUGGAACACUACCUCUUACCAUCUUGCUAAUACAUUCAUGUUUGUUCAGAAAUAUUCCAGAUUAUAUGGACAUGGUUGAAAGACUUGUAAAGAAGCCAUAUUUUUUCCUGCACAGUUCAUAACUAGAUUGAAUCUAGUUGCAAUGUAUUUUUGUUUCAAUAUAUUGUAUACAUGGGGAUAUUGCUACAUAUGUUCUAUAGCCUAUUUUUCAAAAUGUAUUACGACAGGAGAUGCACUUUAUAAUUAAGACUCCAUUGUGCCAAGUUCAGUUGGCUAAUUGGUUGAGAAAGGGGAGUUGCAGGGAGAUGAUUAUGUAGUGCCUUUUUGUAUUUUACAUGUUCAUUACUGCAGAAUUUUGCUACAGUGCUCUGUGUCAGCUCUGUGGAAUCUUUGAUGCAGCUUGUUUCUGUUCUUCACUUAUUUACUGGAAGUGCCUUGUUUUAUUCUGCUUUUCCAAUAGGAAGAAUGCUGUUUUGUUUUAAAUCUUUUUUUUGCCGUAUACCACCCACAUCAUUGUUUAAUGUUGUCAAUAUGCAGUGUCUUUGUGCUGGAGUUUUCAAAGGGAGCUUUGUACUUCAGGCUGUGCAUGCAAUGACCUUUAUGCAGAACUGUAUAAACCUUCCUGGUGAAAUAAAACUAUGGACAAAACACCUGUCUUCUCUUUUCCAUUGUAGAAAAAAUGUUCAAUGCCUUGUCUAGUAAAAGGAUAAAAAUACUAUUAGAAAGAGACAUUUCUUACCUCAGUGAUUUCCUACAGUUACUCAACUUUUGGUCUGAGUUCUGUUUGUACCAAAAAAUGUGUGCAUGAAAAUGAAUGAGAAUUCUGUAAUGAGAGACCAGAAAACUUACUGUACUUCUGCUGAAGAUUAAAAUAAAAAAAGGAACUAUUUUUUUUUUUUUUUAUA